GCAGUCUAUAUAAACAGCAGGCCCCGCCCACAGCGCCUCAGUGCCCUUUACGGCCUUAUCGUUCUGUAGGUUCGGCUCCUGCGUAAGUGAACCGCUUGGGGCUGGAGAAGGGCGGCCUAGGAGUGAGCGCAAGCCGCGGAGUUAUCAGGCUGAGGGCGAAUCCAACACACUGGCAAACAUGAAUGCAACCGGAGCCGGAUAUCCGCUGGCCUCUCUUUAUAUAGGGGACCUCCAUCCCGAUGUCACAGAAGCGAUGCUGUAUGAAAAGUUUUCUCCAGCGGGACCCAUCAUGUCUAUAAGAGUAUGUCGAGAUAUUGCUACUCGCCGGUCCCUUAGCUACGCCUACAUCAAUUUCCAGCAGCCGGCUGACGCUGAACGGGCCUUGGAUACAAUGAACUUUGAAGUUAUUAAAGGCAGGCCGAUCCGAAUCAUGUGGUCCCAAAGAGAUCCAGGCCUACGAAAAUCGGGUGUAGGGAACGUAUUUAUUAAAAAUUUAGACGAGUCCAUCGAUAACAAAGCCUUGUAUGACACUUUCUCAGCAUUCGGAAAUAUUUUAUCUUGUAAGGUGGUUUGUGAUGAACAUGGAUCUAGAGGUUACGGUUUUGUACAUUUUGAGACCCAUGAAGCUGCCAAUCGAGCAAUUCAGACGAUGAAUGGGAUGUUGCUCAAUGAUCGCAAAGUGUUUGUGGGCCAUUUUAAAUCACGGAGGGAAAGAGAAUUAGAAUAUGGGGCAAAAGUUAUGGAAUUUACCAACGUGUACAUAAAGAACUUCGGGGAGGAUAUGGAUGAUAAAAGACUGAGAGAAAUAUUUUCUGCCUUUGGAAAUACAUUAAGCGUUAAAGUAAUGAUGGAUGACAGCGGUCGUUCCCGGGGUUUUGGUUUUGUUAAUUAUGGAAAUCAUGAAGAAGCACAAAAAGCGGUUUCUGAGAUGAACGGUAAAGAAGUAAACGGUCGAAUGAUUUACGUAGGCAGAGCUCAGAAGAGGAUAGAACGGCAGAGUGAGUUAAAACGAAAGUUCGAGCAAAUCAAGCAAGAAAGAAUCAACCGCUAUCAGGGUGUUAAUUUAUAUGUAAAAAACCUGGAUGAUGGUAUUGAUGAUGACAGGCUCAGAAAGGAGUUUUUGCCAUAUGGUACCAUUACCAGUGCAAAGGUAAUGACUGAAGGAGGCCAUAGUAAAGGCUUUGGCUUUGUGUGCUUCUCCUCCCCAGAAGAAGCCACUAAAGCAGUUACAGAAAUGAAUGGGAGGAUAGUCAGUACAAAGCCUCUGUACGUUGCACUUGCACAAAGAAAAGAAGAACGGAAGGCAAUUCUAACCAAUCAGUACAUGCAGAGGCUAGCCACUAUGAGGGCGAUGCCUGGUCCUCUCCUUGGGUCCUUCCAGCAACCUGCAAAUUAUUUCUUGUCUGCCAUGCCGCAGCCUCCAAACAGAACAUUUUAUAGUCCAAAUCCUGUUGCUCCUGUUCGUCCAGCUCCUCAGUGGGCUUCUCACCAGUCCAGGCCUCCACAGUACCAACCGCCAACCCCAUUGAUGAGGGCAGUGCAGCCAAGAAGGAUGUCUUCAAAUAUUAGUACAAUGAAGCAGGCAUCAACACAAGUACCCAGGGUGGCUCAGCAUAGUCAAAGAGUAGCAAACAUUGGCACUCAGACAGCUGGAGCUCGGGCUCAAGUUAACCCCUCCAUGAUGCGCACAAUGCCACAUUACAAGUAUUCCUGUGGCGUGAGGAACGUGCAGCCCAUAGUGAUGGAACCCGCAGUUCUCAUGCAGGGCCAAGAACCACUAACAGCAUCCCUGCUCGCAGGUGCCCCACCGCAGGAACAGAAACAAAUGCUCGGGGAGCGUAUUUACCCGGUAAUACAUGAAAUGCAUCCGACGUUAGCCGGGAAGAUAACGGGAAUGCUGCUAGAAAUUGAUAACUCUGAGCUACUGCAUAUGCUGGAGUCUCCGGAAUCUCUGCAUUCAAAAGUGGAAGAGGCAGUGGCAGUCCUGCAAGCCCACCAAGCCAAGGAAAAUGCUCAAAAAAGUGCCCAACCAUCUUUGAUCUGAUCCUCUUAAUUAAAUCUAGACAGGGACCCCUUGUGUAGUGAAAUGCGCUGCACACUGUAAGUUUUGUAUAGUUUGCACAGGACAUGCACACUUCAUCUGUAUGUGUUCACGGGGUUGAUUCAUUUUUUUUUGUGUCAUUGAAGUAAUAUUGUAAUAUAAAAAGUAAAUUGAAUACACCUUGGAGGGUACAUUUUGGUAAUUACAGAAAUUAAUUUGGGUUGUUUGUGUUUUUCUUUGUGCAUUAAAAAAAAUUGCAAACAAAAA